GCGGCCAGCUUCGACUGGGCCAAGAAGGCCUCCGCUGCAGCCUUCGUCGGCUACAGCGCCUCGGAGCGCAGCCCACAGGUUGCGCGUGCGGUCACCCCGUACGAGUUGAAGAGGGACGUCUAUGCCGACCUGGAGUUCAGCAACGACAUCGGCUACCUGCCCGAUGGCACUCCCAUGAACCGUGCCGGCAACGCUAUCAACCACCCUGAGACCAUCGGCCCGGACAUGCAUACGCCGGGCUCCCCGCUGCCCCGCGCGAAGUUCGUGAACUCCGUGGGCUACCUGCCCGAUGGCACUCCCCUCAACGCGGCCGGCAACGCCAUCAACCAUCCGGAGACCAUGCAGCCGGACCCUCACACGCCGGGCUCCCCGUUGCCGCCCUCCCCCUACAAGGCUGACAUUGGCUACCUGGUGGACGGCACUCCUCUUGAGACUGCUGGCAACAACUCCGUGAGGGGUGGCGCCAUGCCUGCCGCUGCAGCCUCCAUGCCCGCCCCGGCCCAGGCCCCAGUGGUUGCCGCAGCCUUCGUCGGCUCCUCGGCAGCAUCCCCCUCGAAGGUGAGGCAUGCCGGAAACUUCGCCUACAGCUUCCAGAGGGACUCCUUCGCCAGCCUGGAGUUCAGCAACGACAUCGGCUACCUGCCGGACGGCACCCCCAUGAACAGGGCCGGAAACAACAUCAACCACCCUGAGAACAUCGGGCCGGACAGCCAUGCCGGCAACGCCAUCAACCACCCGGAGAACAUCCAGCCUGACCAGCACACUCCUGGCUCCCCGCUGCCUACUUCCGUCUAUGCGCAGGACGUGGGCUACCUGGUGGACGGCACCCCGAUGGACAAGGCCGGUAACCUUUCCGUCCAGUGA